AUGGCGGCCGACUCUUUAGAGCCUCGACUAGACCGUCGCGGCUCGCUGCUCGAGAGCCGAGAAGUUCAAGUCGCACCCGGCUUUGAUCCGUCUUUAGACCCCACGAUUAGACAGCUGUUCGAGCAGCAAGCUGAAAUCCAGGCGAAACUGGCCGCCUUAAUUCCAGCCAAGUAUGUCCCAAACAGUAAGCUCGAGCUGGACAUGCUCCGGAGGAAGCUGAGAGCUCUGGAGGCCUAUACCAAAAGUCAAAACUUUCCCGGUACUGUUCCCAUAUUAUCUGAUGUCGAGGAAGCCCGCACCCUGCAGUAUAGAUUUUUGGACUAUCCUGUUAUUCUCUCUCCUUUCUUCAUAAUCCUCCUCGUCACUACCACCACCUUCACCAUCACAUCACAUCCACCAUCACCACCACUACCACCACCACCACCUUCUUCUUCUUACCUAACGUGGAAUGUCGUCACAAAAAUAGGUUUGGAUCUCCAUGAUGGGCAAUUCUUGCAUGCCUUGAAGCUAUUCGCCCAGGAUGAUUCACCCCCUGGCUACGAUGCUUGGUUGGAUAAGAACAUCUCAUUUCAUGAUCCCAUAUUUCGGGGAUGGAGGAUGAGAGAAACCAUACCUCUCAUAUCAAGACGUCAGGCAUCCUUCAAGUGUUGGGAUGACCGAUGUGUGUAUUAUAUCUACGGGUUUUCGAAUCCCGAGGAGCGAGACGAGCACCUGAAACAGCAUACUAUUUCCAUAAAGAGGGACUCGGGCCUAUCAGUGGGUACCAUCCCCCCGAUCAUAUUCUCAGAUCAGUCAUCGUCACGACUAUUCAGCUCCGACCAUAUCAACCGGAGCUCGCCGGCUACCUUACCGAGACUUUCUGUUCCUCCUUCCCUCCCUCCAUUGGCCAACGCCACCCACCCACCAAGAGAUCGACGUGAGUCGGCAAUUGUCUUCAACUUUGGAAGUGAGCUGCCUCCUCAGCCUAGAAGAUCGAUAGAUUCCGAGCCCGAUUCUUUGCUUCCACCCCUGAAGCGAAGUAGAGUUGGGCAUGGGAGACUCGAAUCUAUAGGUGAACUGAGGCUGCCGCGGGAUACUGGACCGUGUCUUCGUUGCAAGGUCCAAUCAAAGCCAUGCGAUUCGAAAGACGAUUGCGCCUUUUGCUCCGAACCCCCAACUUCUGCCAGUGAUGAGUUUUGGGGUACACUCGGAUGCCAUCGUGGCCCUCUGGUCGCUUUAGCUGAUUACAUGCUACCAGAAGCCCUGUCUCCGAGACAAGUACAUACCCCUGUCACGUCACCUCUAGCCAGACGACGGAAUAUGAACGACUAUCUUGAACGGACUUACCUUGUAAGCCAGAACAUGUCGGAUAUGGUCAACACCCACCUGGACUUUGAUGAUGGAUUCUGGUGGACUGAAGAUUUGGCAUCCUUGCCUAUGCCAAACCCUACGUUGGCAACUUAUUCGAAAGAGCCGAGGGAUAAACCGCCACCGGUAUUAAAAGUGCUAGCAGCAAGUUGGAAUGCGGAAGGAGUCCCUUUCCAAUUUUGGGAGUUGUUCAGACUCACGGGUUUCCUGUCGGAGAGCCGGGAAUCGGAGGCGAUGACAUAUCCCGUUUUAUAUCGCGCCAAGUUACUUUUGAGGGAGAUCUUGUUCUACGAUUUACAGCAACCCGAACCGUCGAUACGUACCGAGGUCAAUUUAACCAACGUAACCAGUGCCCAGAGUUCACCAGAUGAUAUAGACUACGAGGGACGAAACCGAUUGAUAUACAACUGCAUGGUCCAGUUCCUGCAGUCCUUCGAGAGUACGACUAUGCGUAGGGUUAUUUCGGAUCCGAAGAGCUGGUUGGCUGUUUUCGUAUCGCUCUGUAUUUUCAGCAUUGUGAGGACGAUCCUGGCCGAUCUUAUCUCUACGCCUUCGCGAGCGAUUUCUUCACAGGCGCAAGGUGGCUUUCCCAUGUCCACGGGAGCGACGACUAUGCACUGUGUCUAUAAGGCGUUGGUGAGUGUAUUUGCUUGGUCAACACCAAUGAUCAUUGACGAUGUAGCCCUAGACUUGGAAGGAAAUGACCGCGCGCUGUUUGCUAGUACGAUAGCUGCCAUUCGCAAGGAUGAUUGGGCUGCAUUGGGAAUUCGGUCAUCUAAGGAUUUUCUUCUUGGACUUGGAAGUGGCUAUCUCGACGAAAAUGCUGGGUUUAAUGGCUUCUUUAGACAGCGGACGCCUAUUUAUCGGCACGUUUCGUACCAGCAGCCGCCUGUGGUUGGCCAAGUUAACGAAGCCCGGAAGCCCAUUUUUCAAUGGCGCCCGAUCGAUCCAUGGGCAAAUCGAAGCGACCAGGAAAUAUUGCCAGCGACUUAUGCCUUUGAUGGCCCCGAACAGGGGAGAAGACAUACCGUGGGGGAAAAUCCAGUGUUCACCCGGGCCAUUGCGAGGGGUCUCAGCUCUCCUUCCAAGCUCAGAACGACCUCCUAUCAGCGGCCUCCACUCCGGCGGGUGUUUUGCACCAAAUGCAAUGAAUAUCCCGAGGGCUUCCGCGGUGAGCAUGAACUUCGGAGACACAACGAUGCCAAACAUGCUUCUUUGGUGAAGAGAUGGGUUUGUACGGAACCGCAAAGUUCCAGCCCCAACUCCCCGCAUCCCGUCAUACCCCUUUCGAAGUGCAAGGCUUGCGUCACACAGAAGCGUUACGGCGCAUAUUACAAUGCCGCAGCUCACUUACGUAGAGCUCAUUUCCACCCACAUAGAAGUGGCAAGGCCAGUGGCGACUGGCCUCCCAUGACGGUCCUAAAAGAUUGGAUGCGAGAAGUGCGGCAGUCCAUCGAUGUGAACGAAAAUGACACGUCUAGUGGAGAAGAAGAUAAUGAUGUGAGGAUGAUCGAGGAAUACGCGUUACCCCGGCAGUCCUCUUUCUUGGAAGCUCCUCGACUAGCACCCGCACCACCCCAAGGACCAUUACUGGCACCAUCGAUUGCGCCAUCUUUGGAGAGUACGGCCCAUAGCAGUCCGAUUAUACCCAAAGCCGAAGACAAUAGGAACCGAUGUCCUCACCCUGACUGUGGUCGUGUCUUCAAGGAUCUAGCUGCACAUAUGUUAACGCACCAGGAGGAACGGCCCGAGAAGUGUCCGAUAGAGAGUUGCGAAUAUCACACCAAGGGGUUCGCACGAAAGUACGACAAGAAUAGGCACGCAUUAACCCACUAUAAGGGGACGAUGGUUUGCCCCUUUUGCCCAGGCCCGGGCACAGCCUACGAAAAGGCAUUUAAUAGGGCUGAUGUAUUCAAGCGGCAUUUGACCGCGGUACACAAUGUGGAACAAACUCCACCUAAUAGUCGAAAGAUGAUCGUCACCGGGAACAGUUCUCGCAACGGCGGUGAUGCCAAAUGCUCCAUCUGCCAGACUCGCUUCUCCACAGCCCAAGAAUUCUACGAACAUCUAGACGACUGCGUACUGAACGUCAUCGUCCCCACCACGCCCAAGGCGCUCAAAGAUCGCGUAUCGACGCCACAGAAGAACGAUGAUAGAAGCAUCGUGGUGGCAAUAGAAGAUACCGAUGAGAAGGGUAGAGUGGAAGGGAAGGGACCCCUCGACAACCCCAUAGCCAACGUGAUGGAACCGGGGAGAGUGGAUAAGAUGGACUUGGAUUCGGACAGGGAUUAG